AUGGUGUCCGAGAAGACGGGCGGCGGCGACCCAGACAUGACGCGGAGCACCUCCCUCGAGUCAUCAUCGCCCAGCACCCCCUCCCUCGAGGAUGGGGCGAGCCUCGCCGGCCCGAGCUGGGCGUGCGAAGUGGGCGAGUCGCAGCGGAGCCUCAAGGGUGAGGACUGCUACGGGUCGAGGCGGGUCGCACUCGGGGGAGACGAGGUGGUCCUCGCGAUGGUGGCCGACGGCCACGGCGGCAGCGCCGCCUCGAAGUACUGCGAGCAGCGCCUGCUAGAUUAUUUCAUCGCGGCGGCCGACGGCGACGCGUGCGCCUCCUCGCUGCGCGGCGCGUGCGAGGCUUGCCUCGCGCGGGCGCACUCGGAGCUGAUCGAGGUCACCACGGCGGGCUCCACCGUCACCCUGGUCGCCCUCAACCUCACCCGCGGCGAGCUCACCGUCGCCAACGUCGGGGACUCCGAGGGUUGGCUCGUGCCCUGA